CACACAUACACACAUACAUGUACGAACUCUCUUGCACUCUGACUGCAGACAGACAUGGCUCGCAAGAGUGUGCUGCCAGUGCUGCUGCUGCUACUUCUACAAGGUCACUGGACUCAAUGGACAGAGCAAGGCGUGCAGGCCACAGCGGUGCCGGAUGGGUGUGUGUGUGUGCGGGAAGUCAUGUUGGUACCCUGGAGAAACAUCUCUGACCUGAGCAUCGUGUCUGACAACCCUCUCUGCAGAAUACACAUUAUAAUCACACUGAAGGGGAAGCAGAAGGUGUGUCUGAACCCUGAUUCUGACCAGGGCAAAAGACUUCAGAAAUGCUGGAAAAAGUUCAAGAAGAACAGAGACAGGAAGAGGGCAUGUCUGAGACCAGCCAAGCCAAAAAAAAACAAGGCACACUAACUUCCCGUCAGCGCUACACAAACAAGACCGAAGUCGUCCUUCAACUGACUGCCUACAAUAUCAACCAUCAACCGUUCACUUCACUAACCGUUUUAACUUAACUUUUAUAAUACUGUAAUCCGUAAUACUCUGUUGCAUAGUGCCUACUCACAUUCGCUCAUAUUCAUAUACUCGUAUUGCUUUGUAAUAAAAAAAAAAAAAAAAAAUC